AACUCGUGUCGUUUGUCCCAUAAUCGAUGUGAUCGAUGAAAACAACUUUGCGUACAAAACAGCGAGUGAUAUGACAUACGGAGGAUUCAAUUGGAAGAUAGGGUUUCGUUGGUAUAGCGCACCCAAUAGAGAGCUUAUAAGAAGGAAUAACGACCGAUCCCUACCUCUCAGAAGUCCCACUCUUUCUGGUGGACUCUUUGCAAUCGACCGACAGUUCUUUGAAUACAUUGGCAAAUAUGACUCCAAAAUGAUUAUAUGGGGCGCAGAGAAUCUCGAGUUUAGUUUUAGGAUAUGGAUGUGUGGAGGAAGUAUAGAAAUCGUCACCUGUUCCAGAGUUGGACACGUAUUUCGAAGCAAAACUCCGUAUACCCUUCCCGGGGGAAGUGAUUACAUUGUGUGGCACAACACCGCAAGAUUGGUUGAUGUCUGGUUGGAUGAGUGGAAAGAAUUCUUUUAUGCCUUACAUCCCGGCGCCCGACUUAUUAGACGUGAAAGUAUCGACGAAAGGAUAUACCCUGAGUCUCAGUUGCCUCAAGACUACAACUUUUUGGGAGACAUACGAAAUAUGAACAAAGAAGACCUCUGUUUGGAUACUUUGCACACCGAAGAGGGAACU